UGCCAGUCCAGUCAGGUCUUUGACUUAACCAUUUAAAUUGAGAUGUGUUAAAACUAAAUAUUAAAAGCUCCCACCUCUUGCGGGGGAAGGGAGGAGCUACGCCCCCUUUUGGUCCCUAUAUCAUGGGACAACCCCCGAGUAGGACCGCCAGUACCAGCCUACUCACUUACCAAUAACCAUCGACAUGUUGAUGUUGCUAUGUCUGUUAUGGUUGGCCAUAAGUUGCGACACAAUAAGAUGUGAUGACGUCGCUUCUUCGCGGCCGUCGAAAUCGAUCGAAAUGGCAGAAAAAAAUAGAACCGUCGUUCCAGGGAGAGAUAAGAGGGGAGCUUCUGGACUCGAUGAAAUAUUAGAAGAGCUGCAAUCCAAGAGAGACUCCCCAGGGCCAAAAAUGAGAUUUUCUUCUUGGGGUGGUAAAAGAUCCGAGGAUCUUUUAGACGAAGAAGAAAAGAGAAGCAAAUUUUCUUCUUGGGGCGGAAAGCGUAAAUUUUCAUCGUGGGGAGGAAAACGAUUACCGGCGGAUUACGAAGAAGGGAAAAAAAGGGCAAAGUUCAACUCUUGGGGAGGGAAGAGGGUCAAAUUCAAUUCAUGGGGGGGAAAAAGGUCAGAUCCCGAAGAAGACAAAAUAUCUAAAUUCACUUCCUGGGGUGAGAAACUGAGCGAUGAAGACGAUGAUGUGGAGUACGUCGACCAAGACAAAAGGUCGACUUUUAACAGUUGGGGUGGAAAACGGGAGGACGAAACUUGGCGAGACAUGAUUAAACGGACUAAAUUCAAUUCUUGGGGAGGUAAACGGGCUAUCAACAGCACGGCGGAUAUGCUGAUAUUUAAAAGAGCCAACCCGAACAGCUCUUGGAAAAGGAAGCCGAUAUUUUCAUCAUGGGGAGGGAAAAGAACAGCGCGAUCAGCCCAACCGUUCCGACUUCUCCCGAAUACUCUCCUUAAGGAGCAUUCUUGGGGAUCCCUCCUUCGUCCUAUACGGCGUGGCCCGGAUUUCUAUGCUUGGGGAGGAAAGCGUUCCACGUAGACACUAAACCCUCAUUCCUAAAUCGUGUACCAAAAAUAGUGUUUUAUUCCCACCCGUUGGAGUUGAAAUAUUUUUGCAAAACGGACACUUCACAUUCAAUAAAGGCCUAGAUUACUACGUCGAUAUUUUCAUCCUUGAUUCAAAAAUCACCCCUACAUCCGAUUUAUCGUGUUGUACUUAUUGUUAAAAAGACCGCUAUACAAUAAAGUAAUAAAUAUAUACACGUACUGUUA